GAUUGUCUUGUGACUGGACAGCAGGAUGUCUUUGAAAAGUGCAAAGGGAGGACCAGAAAGUAGACCAUCCUCUGCUGCCAGCAUGUCUCCACGAGGAGGGAGGGGUACACCAGCUGGCAGAUCGCCAGCGACGAGAUUCAAAAGCAAGGCCCUUCAACUCAGCCUCUCCAAGAAAUUCUGCUCAAAGUCGCCCUCGCCCCAGGGGAAGGGCGCUGGUGAGGAGAGUCGUCGCAACAGUAAAAGGAGCCUCAGCAACAGCUCGGCGGUGGCCGCUGCCUACAUCUCCUACCUCAAUAAGCUCUUUGGACAGGAGAGAGAGCUGAUGCCAGAAGAGCUAGAUGAGCUUCAGGUAGCCUUUAAGGAGUUUGACUAUGACGCAGAUGGCUUCAUCCAUUACAAAGACAUCGCAGACUGCAUGCGGACGAUGGGCUACAUGCCCACGGAGAUGGAGCUCAUCGAGAUCAUCCAGCAAAUCAAGAUGAAAUGGGGUGGGCAUGUGGACUUUGAUGAUUUCUGCGAGCUAAUGGGGCCGAGGAUGCUGGCUGAGACGGCUCACAUGGUCGGACUGAAGGAGCUCCGCUGCGCCUUCAAACAGUUUGACUGCGAUGGCGAUGGAAAGAUCACGCUGGAUGAGCUGAAGGAGGGCAUGAAGACCCUCCUCGGGGAGAAGCUGAAGAAAGGAGAGCUGGAGGAGAUCCUCGCCGACAUUGACCUCAACAAAGACGGCAACAUUGACUUUGAUGAGUUCCUCAUGAUGCUUUCUGCACGGUGACCUUUGAUGAAAGAAGAUGGAGCACACGGCACUGGAUUAAUGGAUUCACACCGUCUUCCUCUUCGUCUUUGUGUUAUUAUGUAGUGGAAAUGUCAGUCCGUAAGAGGAGUCACAGAGUUGUGUUUAUAUUUUCAUAAUAAAAGUUGAUUAAGUGCAGAGGGUAAAGGGUGAGUUAUGAAACACUUAACUCUACGCAACAGUGAUGCUCCACUGUCGCCCCCUAGUGGCAAAGAAAUGUACAGACAGGUUUGUGUGUUUUCUUCCUCUGGGCUCCAAAAAGUGAGUACAACAUGCAGUCACAAAGCAGAUAAAAUCACUGAAAGGACAUUUUAAACUAAUGGGUUUCUUCAAAAGAUGAGACUGAGUUUGCAGCCCUGAUCUCCUCGUGCAGGUCAUUCUUAAGUCUUGGAGCUCUAACUGCAGAGGCUGCAUCACCUUUGUGAAUUAAUCUGGACCUUAGAAAAACAAGAAUAAAAGAUGAGUGUGAGGAUCUCAGAGUGCCAGAGGGAACACAGGACACCAAAGGAUCUGUUCAGUAACUUGGAAAAAAAAGGACUCUCAGGGCUUUGUUAGUAGUCAGUAAUUCAAUUUUGACAUAAUUAUUUAUUUUACAUCAACAUCAUUUAAACCGGUAUAUAAAUGGAUCUGCCUGACCACAUCUAGAUGUGGCGACACUCACAUUGUGUUCAGAUCUUAGGGUAGGUGUAUGUGGAAUGCAAUAUUAGUCAAUAUUAAAUACAUGUAUACAUAAAUAAAUACAUAUUCUUAUGAAAAAAAAUAUUACAGCUGUGAAAUAAAGUUCAAAAAUGCUCUUUAGAAAUAAAACAUAAUUAUAUAUUUCAUAUUUAUUUAACUGUAUUGAAUCAUGCAUAUAUUUAAGAUUACUUAUAUGUUUAUUGGCACAUUUAUGUAUUAAUUUCAGGAUUUAGUAAACAGGCACAUGUAUUUAUUUGUUAUUUAUGUAUUCAAUGUUGAUUAAAAUGGCAUUCCAUAAUAGUGAAUACAAUCCGUACAACAUGCUGGUAUCUGUAUGCAUAAUAACAUUGAUACGGAUAUGUUGCUUUUAACCAAGUGAAAUAUAUGAAAUGUUGUGUUAUUCAACCCGACUGUGCAGCUGGACCUGACAUAAUAUGUCAUAGAGAGAUAGGAAUAACUUUUGCCAAAUUUACAAAAGGGGACAAAUGAUUUAAAAUUUGUCACAGAUUUGUUUCACAGAGUUUUAGAAAGUUUGACUCAACAACCCAUAAAACUCUAGGGUUUUUUAAGAGAGUCUGGGGCGGCCUCACAUUACUCAUGGAGAGUGUAUCCAGAUACAGAUCUGUGAUUCUCUCGAGCACGAAUCAGAAUCAAGCAUCUGUUUGUGGUUUGCUUGUCAAAACUGAUAAAACCACAACCAGCACUUUCCAAAGCUAGUUAUUAAGUCAUGAAUAUUCAACAUCAUCAGAAACAUUUUUCUUUGAGAGGGCUUUAAAGCGAGGUGAAAGCUUCACUCUGCUGUUACAGAUUGCUCAACAUCUCCUGUGACAACAGGUCAAACACUGGACACUUACGCUGAAGUUGAAAAAAGAAGUGCAUUUAUUAUUCAAAUCUUUAACUUAUAACAUUUGAGCAAAAAGCAAGAUCUGUCCAAAAAGCUUUUUUUUUUUUUUUUUUAAACAGAUGAUUUACAUAAAACAGCUUUGACUUGAAUUCUUCUCAAUUCUUUACACACAUUAUACACUGAAAAGAAAACCAAAAAAAAAAAAAAAAA